AUCCCCACCACUGGUCACGGCACUGCUCCCACAUUCACCAUCUAUGCCAACGAGCCUCUAGUAAAACUAGUACCACGUCUCAGCAGCCGAGGUAAGCUCGAAGACCUCGUUGUGAAUGUCGUGAUGAGAGCAGUUGAUGCCCAGCGGACUAAGGAGCCCAUUGAUCGCCUCGCAGCUGUAGAUCAACUCCAAAGCGAACUAUAUGUUGCUAUAAGCCUAAUGCUCGACCGGCAUUUCGCCCAUCCAAAAUCGCAUAAUAUUUUCGCCCUACUGAAUCGCGACUUGGUGAAACGCGUCGCCCCCAAGAUCAAACGAAAACAGUAUCAGCUGGUGAAAGAUAUGGUGUAUCAACCGCUUUUACGGUUUGGCAUCAAUCGUAGUGGAAAUAUCGCGAAGUUUGACCCGAAUUAUAUUCUCGAGGCUGCGGGGCCGUAUGGGUUCAUGAGCGUUUAUAAAAA